CGCGCGCGCCCCCGGCCGCUGCGGGCUCCGAGGCCGAGGAGAAAAGACUGCGAGACUGCCGAGGCUGUGGCCGGAGAGCACAAAAUGAACCAGCAGUGGAAGAGAAAGUACUGCAAACUGGCUGACUGCUGGUGAAGAUGAUAUUUUAUUUUUCUGACAAGCAUCUGUGGGAUCUGUAAUAGAGAUGAUGGCUGGCUGUGGUGAAAUUGAUCACUCAAUAAACAUGCUUCCUACGAACAGGAAAGCGAAUGAGUCCUGUUCUAAUACUGCACAGUCUUUAACUGUCCCCGAAUGUGCCAUUUGUCUGCAAACAUGUGUUCACCCAGUCAGUCUGCCCUGUAAGCAUGUUUUUUGCUAUCUGUGUGUAAAGGGAGCUUCAUGGCUUGGAAAGCGAUGUGCCCUCUGUCGACAAGAAAUUCCAGAGGAUUUCCUUGAUAAGCCAACCUUAUUGUCACCAGAAGAACUCAAGGCAGCGAGUAGAGGAAAUGGUGAACAUGCAUGGUAUUAUGAAGGAAGAAAUGGGUGGUGGCAGUACGAUGAACGCACAAGUAGAGAGCUGGAAGAUGCUUUUUCCAAAGGUAAAAAGAGCACUGAAAUGUUAAUUGCCGGGUUUCUAUAUGUUGCUGAUCUCGAAAAUAUGGUUCAGUAUAGGCGAAAUGAACAUGGACGUCGCAGGAAGAUUAAGCGGGAUAUAAUAGAUAUACCAAAGAAGGGAGUAGCCGGACUUAGGCUGGACUGUGAUGCUAAUACCGUAAACCUAGCAAGAGAGAGCUCUGCUGACGGAGCGGACAGUGUGUCAGCACAGAGUGGAGCUUCUGUUCAGCCUCUAGUGUCUUCUUCUGUAAGGCCCCUGACAUCAGUAGAUGGUCAGUUAACAAGCCCUGCAACACCAUCCCCUGAUACAAGCACUUCUUUGGAAGACUCUCUUGCUCAUUUACAACUCACUGGAGACAGCCUGGCUGAAAGGAGUCAUAGGGGGGAAGGAGAAGAAGAUCAUGAAUUACCAUCUUCAAGCAGGGUACCAGCGCCAAACACCUCCAUUGAAGAAACCGAAUCUGAUGCCAGUAGUGAUAGUGAAGACGUAUCAGCGCUUCUUGCACAGCACUCCUUGACUCAGAGACUUUUGGUUCCUAAUGCAAACCAGACAGUAUCUGAUCGAUCAGAUCGAUCAGGACCUGAUCGAUCAGUAGCAGGGGGUGGAACAGUGAGUGCCAGUGUCAGAUCUAGAAGGCCUGAUGGACAGUGCACAGUAACCGAAGUUUAAAUAAAAGUCUUAGCUCCAUGCUCAAGGUUAAAAAGGUUAUCUGUAAAUUUCUGCCCACAUAACAUACUCAUCCCUUGUAGUACAUUUUGGGAGUUAGGGUGGGAAGGGGUAUAGGAAGGAUAGACCUGUAAUUAAAAUGUCUAACAUGUCUCUGUUGAGAAAUUUAUUUAAUAUAAGGAACUUGGGUGUUAAUAGUUGAGAGCUGUUUAGUAAUAACCCAGUUUUUUUGAGGUCUGUUUAUAUUAUAGUUUUUUAAAUUUCAAUUCUUUUGGCCAGCGUGUGUGUAUGAUCUGUGCAUUAAUGAUCCCAUCUUACUCUUGGAUUUUGUCUUAUUUUUCUGCAUGGAUUGAUAUAAAACCAUUACUAAAAUUUGGCACCUAUGAGAUGUCUGGUAUCAGUUUUAACAGGAAGCUUAAUUAAUGUGAGAAUAGAUGUGAAUUUGGGAUUUUAAAAUAGAGAAAAAAUAUUUAAUAGUAAAGUUACUGAAAUGGAAAUGUAAAGAAAACACCUAAUAACAUAAGUUUCAGAAUCUUGUCAAUAACACACUUCAUGGUUCCAUAGACUUUGCUGUUUAUUCCUUGUAGUUUGAGGUUUCUCUUGAUCCACACUUUUCUUUUUGAUUACAAAAUUUAUAAUUUAAUAAACAUUAGAGUUUAUCAAAAAUAAUGUCUCGUUUGAGUCUGGAAAGGGGGUGGAAACAUUUUAUUGGUGCCCAGAGGUCACUGAAAAUGUGGUUUCAGUUGGUGGUAUUCAGCCUAAAUAAGAUACCUGCUCAGAGAAGUUUGAUUUCUUUAGAGAAUAUAGUAUAGGCAAUGUGCAUAGCACAUAUAUGUACAGAAAUAAA